GUGUGCGUGGUGAAGCGGGCGGUGCCGUCUUUCUACAUCCGGUAUGCUCGAACCUCUCACGAGCAGCGAAGGCAGACGAAGAAUGGAGAGAGCCGCUCGGCUGUUCUAGCUUGAGACAACAGCAACAACGGGCAGCACAGAAAAUCUCCCCAUCACAGUCGGCGUUUUUGUCUGCGUUUUUCGUCGCGAAAAACAACAAGCUGUGUCCCGACUGUCUGGAUUUCCCACAGUGAAGGUCUUUCACCUUCUCCUUCCUGUGACAAAUGUCGAGGCCUAACAUCUCUUAGAGGUGAGGGUGAGGCCAGGUCGGAGUGUCGGUCAGCUGCAUCAAGUUUUGUCCCAUGAGAGUGACUGUACCAUCCAGGCACCUCCAGUGACCAGGGCUGUGGCUGUGGUGGGCCCGGCCCAGGAGGCCUUUUUGUACAUCACUCCAGGCUCCCGCUGACCUGUGCUGCUCUCACCAUGGAUCAGCAAAGAGACAAGUAUGGCGACCGACAAAGGAGCGCUAAAGUGUCCCAGGGAGGCCGCAGCGGACACCCGUCGCGGCCAUCUGGCUCCUCCAGCUCCUCUGGGGUUCUCAUGGUGGGGCCAAAUUUUCGUGUGGGCAAGAAGAUCGGUUGUGGAAACUUUGGCGAAUUGAAGCUUGGAAAAAAUCUCUACACAAAUGAGUAUGUAGCUAUUAAACUGGAACCAGUGAAGUCGAGGGCACCACAGCUGCAUUUAGAGUACCGGUUCUACAAAACACUGGGAACUGCAGCAGAAGGUGUGCCUCAGGUGUUUUACUUUGGGCCCUGUGGGAAGUACAAUGCCAUGGUACUGGAGCUGCUCGGCCCAAGUCUCGAAGACCUCUUUGACCUGUGCGACCGGACCUUUUCACUGAAGACCGUGUUAAUGAUAGCAAUUCAGCUGAUUUCACGAAUGGAGUAUGUGCACUCUAAAAAUCUUAUCUAUAGAGAUGUAAAGCCCGAAAACUUUCUCAUUGGACGGCAAGGAAAUAAAAAGGAACACAUCAUUCACAUCAUUGACUUUGGCCUGGCCAAAGAGUACAUCGACCCCGAGACCAAAAAACACAUUCCCUACCGGGAGCACAAGAGCUUGACUGGUACUGCACGAUAUAUGUCCAUCAAUACACACUUAGGCAAAGAGCAAAGUCGGCGAGAUGACCUGGAGGCUCUGGGCCACAUGUUCAUGUAUUUUCUUCGUGGGAGUCUACCUUGGCAAGGGCUAAAGGCUGACACACUGAAAGAACGAUACCAGAAGAUUGGAGACACAAAACGAAACACUCCCAUCGAGGUCCUCUGUGAGAACUUUCCAGAGGAGAUGGCCACCUACUUGCGAUAUGUGAGGCGGUUGGACUUCUUUGAAAAGCCAGACUAUGAAUAUUUGAGGACUUUGUUCACGGAACUGUUCGAGAGAAAAGGAUACACCUUUGACUACACCUACGACUGGGUUGGCAGGCAGAUUCCCACACCGGUGGGGUCUGUCCAUAUAGACUCUGGAGCAUCUGCAGUCACGAGAGAGAGCCAUCCUCACAGAGACCGACCCUCACAGCACCCACCAAUCAGAAACCAGACAGCAGCCUCAGAUCGACGAGGAGCAUGGGAGGUGCAGCCCGCACGCCAAGCAAACUCCUCCUAUCUGACCUCCCACCUGACAGCGGACAGGCACGGGGGCUCAGUGCAGGUGGUAAGCUCAACCAACGGGGAACUGAAUGCAGACGAUCCGCUGGCUGUUCAUUCCAACGCCCCAAUUACAGCUCCGCCAGAGGAGCAUCCGCCCGACGAGGCCAACUGCGUGAAAAUGCUCAACCUGUGGUGUUGCUGUUUCUUCAAGCGGAAACGGAAGAAGAACACGCCACGGCACAAAUGAUCACGCAGCACCAGCCUGAAACGUUCCAACUGUUCGGCUCAGUCGAUUGUGAUUUUAUUAGAAAUCAGUAAGGUCCCGUUCAGAAUAGAAGAGGGAGUCAUCUGAGAGAUCUUGAUUGAAUUGUUCUCCGUUUUUUGGACAAGUUUAAAAACGGUUUGCUGAGAUGUACAAGAUGCUUGUGUCUUCUCGUGGGAUUUUUUUUUUUUUCGUCCUUCUUCUUCGCCCUCCACCCCUCUGUCAAGCUGUGCCGGGUUGUGUUGCAGGUCAGUCGGCCAAAUGGGAAAAACCUUUCUGAUGGAAUUUUGCAGAGGAUAAUCUCUCUUUUUUUUUUUUUUCCUUCCUCCCCCAAGACUCCCAACAUCAGUAUUUUUUUUUUUCUCUUUUUUCUCCUGAAGAGGAAGAGAUGGCACCUCCUGUGGAAACUUGGUUCAUUACGAGUCCUGCUUGACUCAUAAGAUCAUUAACUUCAGUUCCCUUCUAAUCUCCUAAAUGCAUCCCGCCCUCAGUUUGCAAACUCAUUAUGACACAAAGCCCUUUAUGAUGAUUCCUGAUGUAGGAACUGAAUGUAACACAAGAAGAGCCAAGAGUGUAACCGCCUAUCGUCACAUACAGGCACAAAGAGCAUCAGUCUGCCAUUUGGCCUCUGCACGUUUUUUUUGUUGUUGUUGUUUUCUUUUCCCCCUGUCCUCCAAAGAGGUCAACCCUGGGACUGGGACCGGGGCCUGAGACAUCAGACAACAGAGACACCUCGUGUACAGUGUUCUCUGAGGAUGAUUUCUGCUCAUGCUGCUUGGUUAAAGCGCUCCCCUUAACCUCGCUGCUGUCAAAACACACUACAGUCUCUUUGGACUCUCCUGCAGUUUUUGCUCCUACCCUUCGCUGAGCAGCAACAUGACACUUGUAGAUGCAGGGGAGUGGGAAAACAAAUGCUAUUUAUGCUAUUUAUCUCGGUUUCCACCAGUUUUUCCUACUAAUUCUUACACAUACGCACUGAAUGUAUGGACAGUAAAAUAAAUGACUUUAAAGCAUUUAUAUAAUCUGUCACGUGCACAGGAAAGAAAUUGCAGUUGGGGAGUUGAGACCAAUGUUUAAAAAAAAAAGAAAAAGAAAAAAAAAAAGGUGACCAAAACUAGGUGGGAGGGUCUGAAAUGUUGUUGAUCUUGUAGACAUUGGGGGAUGCUUUGGAAUAACAUGAGGAAAAAGUGAUGUGAGGCGCUUUUGGAGAAUCACAGCCUCUGAAACGCUUCUGUCCAAUGCCUUAACCCCCCGACCAACCUACUGACCGACCAACCGACCGCAGUCACAUCACCAGUUGGAUGACACGUUGGCGGCAUAGUUAAUGUGAGAUUUCAGUGUCUUUUUUUUUUUCUUUUUUCCGUCCCCUCCCCUUUUGGGUAUCCUGUGUAAUAAAGAGUUGCAGACUGUUCCCAGCUAGUGUGAGAGCAGUUAAUGACUUCCCCUUUGUUGACACACUGAAGAUGUAUUCCCAAGAAAGUGAUGCCAAAUGGAACGUUUUGGUGUAAUGAUGUGUAACGGUGUUACAGAUGUCCCCCCCGCCCCCCAGUCACCCUUGUGCGUACCAGUGUGAAGACCCCACGUGCUGCAAAGUGGUGUGUGACAUUUGGACGACUGCUGAACCCCCUUCUCCUUGUCAGCACGGGGAGAGGAGAAAAAAGAGAGGGCGGAGAAGUGAACCUGUCUGUACCAUUCUCAAUCUUUAUUUAGUGUCACGGAGGACUGCCUUGAAACAAAAUCCUCAGUACGUCACCUUGCCUAUCCUCCUAACAGAAUGAAUUACCAUAUGUGUGUUCUUUUUCUUUUAAAUUUUACAUCUUAUGCUAAUGUGAAUUUGUUGAAUGCAAUUUUUUUUCUUUUUCCCAUUCCAAAUAGCCAUGUUUUUAUGGGGAAAGAGAGGUUAAACAAACAAAAAACAAGCUUGAGACCAUGACUGCACUACAUUUGUUGACCCCGGCUUUCCCUGACGAGACCCUGCCUUCUUAAUACUGUACUUUAAAUGUGCUUAUUACUUUAAUUGUAGCUGCCUCGUGUGCUAGGCCUUCCCUAUAGGGUGCAGGGAAUACACACACACACACACACACUCUCUUCUGUUUUUUGCCCCACCCACUUUUUUGUUUGUGUGUGUGUGUGUGCCAUGACAGCUUCCAUUCACUCCAUUUCCCUCUGUCCACACACACACACACACUCAUUCAUCCAAGACCAAGAUGAGUGGAGUUUCAGGUUUGUCUCCAUCAUCUUUAGAAAUAUGAUGUUGUAGAUGUUGCAGAUUUUUCUCAAUGAAUCAGUAUGUAAACCUGCUUGUUAUAUGUAUUUACACUGUAUAGCUUCCAGUUUAUUUUAUUUUUUUUAACCCCUGACACGUUGGUUACUCUGGGGUCUAAGUUAUUGUGUUAUUGAAAGUACUUGAAUUUGAAAAUCUACGGGACCUUUUCUUCUUUUCUUUUUUUACCCCUUUUCUUUUCUCGGGCGUUACCAUAGUAAUUCCACACAUAGGAUUUGAGGGGAACGGUGGGAAAACCAGGCUAUCUGAAUGACAGGUAUUCAUGUCUCUGAUAUGUCUUAAUGCCUCUUAAAGUUUAUUUUUUUCCCCAGACAAACACGUGAUGUCAGCUGCCUGCGAUUGCCCCUGCUUUCAUCAGCAGCGGCUUGGCCAUUUCAUUCCAGCUGCCUGAGGAAAAAACUCAAAGUAUUCUGAUAUGGAUAUCCAGACUGUAGCCUUCAGUCUUUCCCCCCCCAUGGAUUUCCCUGAGUGCCAUUUCCUGAGACUACUACUAGCCCAUGCCUUUUACCUGUGCCAGGAAAAUAUGAAGUUGAAUGUUUUAUUAUUUUAGUUUUUUCUGUCUUUGGAUCAUCGCAUUCCACCUUGUGUCCUUGAAGGGGUCCGCUGUCAUUUUUGGGAAGAAUCCUCCAGCAAACGUGGCUCAGCGCAGCAAAGCGUUGCAGUGAAAGUGUUUCAAGAGUCGUUCCCAUUGGUUUCUUUCAUUCACGAUGUCACUGGAGAGAAACCGGACACCAGGUUUAUUAUUCCCGAGUCGGAUGUUGUGACUGAUCAUCUUUGCGACAUUUUCUUCUUCCGUUAAAGCUUGCGGGUUGUCCAGCUCUUCAGCUCCCGGCUGAAAUGCUCGAUAUGUUACUCUGAUGUAUCCGCUUUUCUUGCUGUUGGCCUCAUGCAGAGUGGUAUAGGAGUGCUCUGUGUGAUUUGUAUCUGCAUGGCUUACCUGGAGACGAUCUCUCUCUCUCUCUCUCUGUCUCCAGCAAAUUUCCUCACCUGUAGGGCUCGUAUACUGUUGGGUCAGUGAGUCAGUUUUGGCUUCCAGGCCUCAUGUAAAAUACAUCAAACAUUUUCAUGUCUUCGUUCCUUUUCAGCGGCCAUUAUUUCUUACACAGUUCACUUCAGUCAGACUUUGGAUGUGUGUAACUUAGUCAAAGCAGAGGACGGUGUGAAGUGUGAAUGAACGGCUUCGGUCUCUUUGGGUUCUCUGGCACUUUUUCCUCGUUGCUGUACUGUAGACUUACUGUGUGUUGGAUUUACUGUAUUUUUUUUUUUUUUUUUUUUUUUUUGUUGUUGUUGUUGUUGAGGGAGAGGCCUUGGGUGACAUUUGCUACAAUAUUGUGAUGAUUAUUUGAACUGUAAAUUGUACAGAGUUCACAAUUGUAGUCUGUUUUCUGUUGGGAAUCCAUAUAAAAUCGCAUUCUCUGAUCAUUUUUUCCUUUUUUUUUUUUUCUUCUUUUUUUUUCCCUGACUGUGGAAAAUCAAAUUGUACAGCUCCAGAGUUUAUCCUCCUCCCUCGGCAGUUUUUUUUUUUUGUUGUUGUUGUUUUUGUUUUUUUUAGAGCCUAUGAUUAAGAGGAAUCUUAAAACUGUAAAUAGAUAUUAUUGUGCUGAAAUAUGAAUGUCACUUCAAAAAUGUAUUUGAAUGAGUUAGUCAAGGGCUUCAAGAAUGAAGGACCCACAUUUCUUUUUAUGGUUUCAUAUUUUUGAUUUGCAGAAAGGUAAAGGUCCUUUUUAUCUGAGAUGCCUAUGUUUUAUUUUGUUUUUUGUUUUUCUCCUUGGAUUCAUAUAAUACAAUGUGUCACACAUGAACCUUAUAAAAAUCACUUUUUAUUCCCUCCACACCUAAAGGGAAAACUCCAAUUUGCACCCUUUUUUAUGUAAAAUAAAAGAUCUCUCCACCUUG